CCCGGCUCGCCGACGAUGGCCCGCAAGUUCUCCGGGCUGCGCCGCAUGUUCAAGCUGUACGGCGCCGCCCCGGCCGAGGAGCUGAAGACGGCCGAGGAGAUCGUCGAGGUCGAGUCGCCGCGUCGUCAGUGCCAGAUUAAGGCCCGUGAUGUGAGUGUUUUU